ACUGUAUGGUUAGAUAGAUAGCUAACGUUAACAGUGAAAUGAUAUGCCUCGUCAUUAAUGUAACGGCUCGUUUGCACCCAAUACGUUUUAUACGCAUGUGUCUGACCGCAUGUUGUUAAGCCAGAGCGUUAUCAGAACAGCUAACAGUGAGCCUUUCUGCUAUUUCUCUCUUGCUUGUAGGCAGGCAGGUGUAGAAAGCUGCUUUCAGGUUUCGGUGUCAGGUAGCAAGCUAGUUUAGCGCAAAUGUUUAUUAUCAAUGCUAGGUAAUUGUCUACGAGCAAGGGAAAAUGAUGUCCAUAAACUACACGUUUACGUUUCAACAAUGACAUGAUAACUGCAUGACAGUUAUCACGCUCCUCACGAGACCCAGUUCACAAGAGAACAUGGCAGGAAACAGCCUGGUAUUACCCAUAGUGCUAUGGGGCCGCCGUGCACCCACACACUGCAUCUCCAGUCUGCUGGUGAUGGAUGAUUUUGCCACCAUAAUCACGGGCUGCCACGAUGGACAAAUCUGCAUCUGGGAUAUGACACCUGAGCUGGAGAUAAGUCCACGUGCCCUUUUGUUUGGACACACUGCUUCCAUCACCUGUUUGUCUAAAGCCAGCGUUGCCAGCGACAAGCAGUACCUAGUCAGCGCAUCGGAGAGUGGUGAGAUGUGCCUGUGGGAUGUCAAUGAUGGCCGCUGCAUUGAGUUCACCAAGCUGGCCUGUGCUCACACUGGCAUCCAGUUCUACCAGUUCACCAUCGGCACCCAGCGCGAGGCCCGUCUCCUGUGCCACGGCCACUACCCUGAGAUCCUGGUGGUGGACGCCACCAGUCUGGAGGUGCUCUACUCGCUGGUGUCCAAGAUCUCGCCCGACUGGAUUAGCUCCAUGAGCAUCAUCCGCUCGCACCGAACACAAGAGGACACAGUGGUAGCUGUGUCUGUUACUGGCAUACUGAAGGUGUGGAUCAUAACGGCUGACGUGAGCAGGAUGCAGGAUCUGGACCCAGUGUUUGAGGAGGAGUCCAAGCCCAUCUACUGCCAGAGCUGCCAGAGCAUCUCCUUCUGCGCGUUCACCCAGCUCUCCCUGCUGGUGGUCUGCUCCAAGUACUGGAGGGUGUUUGAUGCGGGAGACUACUCUCUGCUGUGCUCCGUGCCCAGUGAGAAUGACCAAGCCUGGACUGGAGGAGACUUCAUCGCUGCUGAUAAAGUCAUCAUCUGGACUGAGGACGGGUGCAGCUACAUUUACAAGCUGCCUGCCAGCUGCCUGCCUGCCAGCGAGCAUUUCCGCAGUGACAUAGGAAAGACAACAGAGGGCUCCAUCCCCCCUCUGGUCUACAGCAUCGCAGAUCGCGCCGACAAACAGCUCCUCAUAUGCCCCCCGGUGACGCGCUUCUUCUAUGGCCGGCGCGAGCCCUUCCACAAGCUGCUUGUGCAGGGGGACUCGGCUGGCCGCCUCUCUCUGUGGAGCGUCCCAGAGACCUCUCCUCUACAGCCCCUGUCCUCGGCUGCAGAGCUGCAGGUAUCCUCCACCAUCAGCUUGCAGGAGGCCUUUGACAAGCUCGCGCCCCGGUCAGCGGGCAUCAUAGACCAGCUGAGCGUAGUUCCUGGCUCGGAGGAGCCCAUCAAGGUGACGGCCAGCGUAUACAUCCCUGGCCAGGGUCGGCUGGUGUGCGGCCGUGAGGAUGGGAGCAUCAUUCUGGUGCCCGCCACCCAGACAGCCAUCGUCCAGCUGCUGCAGGGAGAGCAUAUGCUGCGCAGAGGCUGGCCUCCACACCGCACCCUCAGGGGUCACCGGAACAAGGUGACGUGUCUGCUGUACCCCAACCAGGUGUCUGCGCGCUACGACCAGCGCUCGCUGGUGUCAGGCGGCGUGGACUUCUCUGUCAUCGUGUGGGACAUCUUCACGGGCGAGAUGAAGCACAUCUUCUGCGUCCACGGAGGAGAGAUCACCCAGCUGCUGGUGCCGCCCGAGAACUGCAGCACGCGGGUGUCCCACUGCGUGUGCUCGGUGGCCAGCGAUCACUCGGUCGGCCUGCUGAGCCUGCGGGAGCGCAAGUGCAUCAUGCUGGCCUCGCGACACCUCUUCCCCAUCCAGGUCAUCAAGUGGCGGCCAUGCGACGACUACCUGGUGGUGGGCUGCUCCGACGGCUCCGUCUACGUAUGGCAGAUGGACACAGGUGCGCUGGACCGCUGUGUGAUGGGCAUCACGGCCGUGGAGAUCCUGAACGCGUGCGACGAGCUGGCGCCGGCGGCGGUGGACGCUCUCAACCACCCGGCGGUCAACCUGAAGCAGGCCAUGACACGCCGCAGCCUGGCCGCCCUCAAGAACAUGGCCCAGCACAAGCUGCAGACCCUCGCCACCAACCUGCUGGCCGCCGACAACGCAGACAAGGGGAACCUGCCCAAGUACUCCCACAAUGCACUUGUGGUACAAGCGAUGAAGACCAAUGUGACGGACUCGGACAUGCAUGUGCUCUUCUUUGACGUGGAGGCGGUGAUCAUCCAGCUGCUGACCGAGGAGGCCCAGAGGCCCAACCCCAUGCUGGUCUCCCCGGAGACACUGCAGAAAGCUCCUGGCGGGGCGGACAAAGGCGGCUCCUUGCUGGCCAGCAAGAUCUUUAAACAGGUCAAAGAGACCAUCAAGGAGAAUAUCAAGGAGCAUCUCCUGGACGAGGAUGACGAGGAGGAAGAAGAGAUGCGUCGCCGUGAGGAGAAGUCCAAGUCGCUGAGCCUGCUGGAGUACAACCUGACCAUGGACACGGCCAAGCUCUUCAUGUCCUGCCUGCACGCCUGGGGCCUGAACGGCAGCCUGGACGAGGUGUGCCUGAGCCGCCUGGGCAUGCUCAAGCCGCACACGCCCAUCUCCUUCGGCCUGAUCUCCCGCGGCGGGCACAUGUCCCUCAUGCUGCCCACCUUCAAGGAGUCCCUGCUGCGGCAGCUGGCACUGGGGACUGGGCCCGACCCCGGCCGAAAGCUCUCUGUGUCCGAGAUCGUGGGCAAGGGCACGUACGGCGUGUCGCGCGCCGUCACCACGCAGCACCUGCUCUCGGUCAUCUCGCUGGCCAACACCCUCAUGGGCAUGACCAACGCCACCUUCGUGGGCGAGCACAUGAAGAAGGCCCCGGCACGCCCCCCCAGACCGGGCACCCCAGAGACCCUCAGGAAGAGUGGCCCACCGCCUCCCCCAGCCUCCAGCCCCGCGAUGCAGGCUCAGAUCAAACAAGCUGCUGCCGCUGCUGCCCCCAGCACUGGGCCGCCCGGCUCUGGGGCUAGUCUCACUGGCCCUGCUUUUCAUCCCUGUCCUUCAGUCAACGAAGGCUGGAGCCAGCUGGCUGCCAUGCACUGCGUGAUGCUGCCCGAUCUGCUGGGACUGGACAAGUUCCGACCCCCCCUGCUGGAGAUGCUGGCCCGCCGCUGGCAGGACCGCUGCCUGGAGGUGAGGGAGGCGGCCCAGGCCCUGCUGCUGGCUGAGCUGCGGAGGAUUGGUCAGUCUGGCAGGAAGGACACCAUUGAUCUGUGGGCCCCAUACCUGCCCCAGUAUGUGGACACCGUCAGCUCCCCCACGGCAACUGAGGCGCCCCAGCCAAUCCCGCCACCCCCUGAGCCGCAGCCAGUGGAAGUCAAAGUCCAGGAAGAGGAAAUAGAUGUGACGGACGAUGAUAUCACUGCAGGCUGCCUGUCCAACCUGCCGCCCAACGCUAAGAAGAUCUCCAACUCGUACGAGGAGCGGCGGAAGCAGGCCACGGCCAUCGUGCUGCUGGGCGUGAUCGGAGCCGAGUUUGGCGCCGAGAUCGAGCCGCCCAAGCUGCCGUCGCGCCCGCGCACCGCCGGACAGGCCCCCGAGGGCUUCGGCCUGACCACCGGCGGCUCCAACUACUCCCUGGCGCGCCACACCUGUAAGGCUCUGACGUUCCUGCUGCUGCAGCCCCCCAGCCCGAAGCUGCCCCCCCACAGCACCAUCCGCCGGACGGCGAUUGAUCUGAUUGGCCGCGGCUUCACGGUGUGGGAGCCAUACAUGGACGUGUCUGCUGUGCUCAUGGGCCUGCUGGAGUUGUGUGCCGACGCCGAGAAGCAGCUCUCCAACAUCACAAUGGGGCUUCCCCUGAACCCUGCUGCUGACUCGGCCCGCUCGGCUCGCCACGCUCUCUCACUCAUCGCCACGGCCCGCCCGCCUGCCUUCAUCACCACCAUCGCCCGCGAGGUGCACAGGCACACGGCGAUGCAGUCGCAGGGCUCACAGUCGCAGCAGAACGUGCACACCACCACUCUGGCCCGCGCCAAGACCGAGAUCCUGCGGGUCAUCGAGAUCCUCAUCGAGAAGAUGCCCAGCGACGUGGUGGACCUGCUGGUCGAGGUGAUGGACAUCAUUAUGUACUGCAUCGAGGGCUCUCUUGUCAAGAAGAAGGGCCUGCAGGAGUGUUUCCCUUCUAUCUGCAAGUUCUACAUGGUGGGGUACUGUGAGCGUAGUCACCGCAUUGCUGUCGGAGCGCGACAGGGCUCUGUGGCUCUGUACGACGUCCGCACCGGCAAGUGUCAGCACAUUCACGGCCAUAAAGGGCCCAUCACAGCCGUGUCCUUCGCCCCAGAUGGGCGCUACCUGGCCACCUAUUCCAAUGCCGACAGCCAUAUCUCCUUCUGGCAGAUGAACACAUCUCUGCUGGGCAGCAUCGGCAUGCUGAACUCUGCUCCACAGCUGCGCUGCAUCAAGACGUACCAGGUGCCGCCGGUGCAGCCGGCCUCGCCGGGCUCCCAGAACGCCCUGAAGCUGGCGCGCCUCAUCUGGACCUCCAACCGCAACGUCAUCCUCAUGGCACACGACGGCAAGGAGCACCGCUUCAUGGUCUGAGGCGCCCGCCGCGACGCCGCGCCAUGCCACACCGUGCUGGGGGUCCCCCGAGGGUCACGAGGAGGUCGUCUCGACCGCCCAGACCACGCCCGCUUACCCACCCCAACCACACACAUACACACACACACAGACACACACACACACACACACAAAAAAAAACAC